AUGCGGCCCGAGAUCUCGCACUAUGAAUAUUUGCAAAAAAUGUACCAGAAUUGCACUCACGUCUACAACAAUGUCGAAAUUGUCAAUUAUGACGAGGAUCGGCCGAUCGAUUUUUUGGAUGAUAUCGUCCAGGUGAAAGGUUACAUCCUCAUCUACAACAACCAGAACAUGAGCAGCAUCAGCAUGAAGAAGCUGCAGAUCAUUUGGGGAGACUCGCUGCAUAGGAAUGAGUAUGCUAUCGAGAUCAUCCACAACGCCAAGCUGCAACUCAUCCAAUUGCCCUCACUUCGAGCAGUGAUGCAAGGGAGUGUGGCGAUUGCAGAGAAUCCGAGGUCUUGCUAUGCAAAUAAUACGAACUGGGGAGAGGUCCUCGACCCCGUCCUCCAACCCGAUGGUACCUCCCGGAUACAAAUCAAAAACAAUGGUCAAGCCUGCCCGAAAGGCCGACGAUUUGUAUGUGACCCAACCUGUGAAUCUGGAUGCUUUGGGAGAGGAGCCGAGAAUUGUCAACAAAUGGUCCGUUCGAAGUGCACACCGGCCUGUAAGAAAGAUGCAAAUGCUUGUUACCCGGAGGUGGAUCCGGUCACGAAUGUAACCAACUACGAGUGCUGUGAUUCUGAAUGUGCAGGCGGCUGCCGCGGCCCCACCCCAUCGGAUUGCUAUAGCUGCAAGCACUACCAGGAUGAGGAGACGAGACGAUGUGUCGAAUUCUGUUCACCGCUUUAUCGACUCAACCCGGCGACGAAAACUCGCUACCGUGACCCGAACGGGAAAUACACGCAUGAUAGGAGUUGCGUGGCAAAGUGCCCAGAGGGCACUCUAAUCGAAGGAGCAUAUUGCGUACUUCGAUGCAGCGAGGGAUACUUCUACGAUGCGAGGGAGAACACGAAGGAGUGUCAACCAUGCAAGGGAUUGUGUCCGAAAUCUUGUCGCCUCGAAGAGAUCAUCGACGCCUACAACAUUGAAGGACUCCAGAAUUGCACCGAAAUCGACGGGUUUAUCCGAUUACGCACGCAUACGUUCAAGUCGCACAAAGGCACGAACAGCACCACCGUGCCGGCGCUACGACCGGAGAAGUUGAACUACCUGAAGACGGUGCGCCAGAUUACUCAGUUUGUCGACAUUGCCGGCGUAGACCUGAGAAAUCUAAGCUUUCUGGAAAACGUGGAGGUGAUCGAGGGGCGAGAGCUGUCUGACUGGAGCGCCAAGUGGGCGAUCGUCCUCUCGAGAAUCCGCCGUGGUGACGUCGUCGUCAGCCAGAACCACUUUCUCUGCUACCUCUCCAACACAACAUUCCGAGGGAUCACAGCAGCAAGUGUUGCUGUGAAAGGUGUGUACGACCGAUGCGCAAACAAAUGCGACGAUAACUGUGACGCGGAAUUCGGAUGCUGGGGAAAAGGGCCGACGCAGUGCCGGAAAUGCAAAAACUGGGAUCAGGAGGGGAGAUGCGUCAAAAAGUGUUCGGAGAAUGGCUUCCGAGCCGUCGAGAAAACGGACAAGCAGGGCAAUCUGAAGCGAGUUUGCGAGAAGUGCGCCCCACAGUGUCUGCAAUGUUCUGGGCCCGGCGAGGAGGACUGCAGAUCUUGCCGGAAUGUUGGAUUGGUAAAAGACAACCGACUACGCUGCCUUCAAGAAUGCCCCAUCGAGUACUUCCGCUCGGGAAAUCGCUGUCUUCCCUGCCAUGCGAGUUGUUACGACAACGGCUGCACCGGUCCGGUGGAUAUGAUGGGUGACCAUGGCUGUAAUAACUGCUCGAUCUACGUGGAAACAGAGCUUCACGGAAUCAGAUGUCUCUACGUCGACCGUUCCCAAAAUCACGACUCUGAAGCCUGCCAGGUCAACAACUACACCGGAUUCUUUGCAGCCCCAGAGGGAUCGAGAAUUCACUGCAAGCGCUGCGCCCCGGAAUGCAAAACAUGCACAACGGGCGGGACGUCGGUCAAAGAAUCCAAAUGCCAGUGUCGGAAUAUGAGCAUUCCGUCACUGUCCAAUCCAAUGGAUUACGAAUGUGUCAAGGAUUGCGGAUCGCAAGGCUACCCGCUAAACAACACCCACUGCGCUCGGUGUCACGUGUUUUGUGAAGGCGGCUGCAAUGGACCGUCGAAUCUGGAGUGCAACAAGUGCAAAAACGCUACAAUCACCUACGGCAAUGGUACGGUGGCUUGUCUGGCUGAAUGUGACGAUGCGCAUCCCUACUACGAUUCGCAUUCAAAACUGUGCCACACUCGAGAACACAUCGCCUGGCUGAACGUGAGAAAGUUUCUAAUCGUCGCCUCGAUCCUGCUGAUGAUUGCGAUGAUCUUGAUCGUCGCCUGGAAAUGUAGAUACUACAAGAACAAAUAUGCCGUGGAGAAAAUUCAGAAUGGUCCAGAUUUGCCGGAGGAGAUUCCGUUUGACCCCACCAUCCGUCCGAAUAUGAACAAAUUCCACGUGAUCGGCAUCGACGAGUUGACGAGGCAGGGGAGAGUGUUGGGUGAAGGGGCUUUUGGUGUGGUGUAUGCGGGCUACUACAAACAAUACAACCGAAAAUUCCCCGUCGCCAUCAAGGUCAUCAAGAAAGCGCAAGGGAAUGCGCAAAUCGAGGAAACGAUGGACGAAGCUACAAAAAUGGCUGCACUGUCCCACCCUCACCUCACGAGACUUCUUGGAAUUUGUUUUGCCGACAAUAGUGUGCAGCUCGUAACCUGGCUCCGCCCGCUUGGCAGUCUCCUCACAUUCCUGACGAAACACCGAAUGAACCUAACCGGGAAGAAUUUACUGAUCUAUUGCUAUCAGAUAUCAUCGGCGAUGAAAUACCUCUACGAGCAACGAAUUGUCCACAGGGAUCUGGCGGCCAGAAAUGUUUUGGUGAAAUCGAUCGAUUAUGUUGAGGUGACCGACUUCGGCCUCUCGAAACUCCUUGAAAUCGGCGAUUCCUCGAUUCACGUCAAGUCCGGCAAGGUUCCCGUCAAGUGGAUGGCUCCGGAAAGCUUGAUGAAGACCGUCUACACCAGUGCCAGUGAUGUGUGGUCGUUUGGGAUUACCUGCUGGGAGAUUUUGACUUAUGGACAGUCCCCCUACCAAGGCAUGGACCACAUGGCGAUUAUGGACUUUUUGACAGUAAAGGGACAGCGUCUGGAGCAGCCGAACAAUUGCUCCGUGGAUUUGUACUCGGUGUUGUUGAGAUGCUGGGUAACCGACCCAAACUCCCGACCAACAUUCAUCACCCUGAAAGAGGACUUCCAUCGAUUCUGCCGGGCACCGCAUCUUUUCGUAGCUGAUGCGAACGCGGCGAAAAAGAUGCUGCCGCAGUCGCAGAGCGAGAUGUUGCGCGAGGUGCUUGAGACGCCAGACAUCGAUUUUCAGGACCCGCUGGAAUAUGAUGAACACGUAGCCGGGUCAAUUGUCAGCGGAAGUCGGGUCUCCAGGUUGACGUCGACGAAUAGUCAACGAUACCGCGGCGAUCCAAUGGACAUGUUCCACGAUGAUCCACCUUCCACUCCGACGACACCACGGCCAAACGAGCUUGAGGUGGAAGACUCGAACUACUUGGUGCCAAAUGCAAGGGCAGCCCCGACCGGAGGUGGCGGGGUCAUCUACACAACAGUAGUCCGGGACACCGGAGAGACGGACCUCGUUGAGCGGCCCGACAACAUCUACUACAAUGACGUUAUACAGGGGCCUGAUUACUAUAAUGUGGUGGGCCAAAAACGAGCGCUUCUCACCCCUUCUACCGACGUCGAAGUGGAGGAGGAUGAGAACAGCAGGCCCAAGGAGGUCGAGAGUGCUGUG